AUGCCUUCAAACACCAAAAAGCAACGCGCUAGCUUCAGAAACAUCAAGGCGAUUCAAGCUCCUCUCAGUGCAAAAUGGGAUCUUCAUGUUCCCGGCCCCGAAAUGAUCAAACUCAUCUACGGACAUCGGCCUGAAGACAUGGACGAUAAGUGGAUGUGCAGCACCGACGGCCCCGACCGGGAGGGCAACAUUAGAGUCAGCUUCUGUAGAAGCUGGACUAGCAUGGAGAGGAUAGCUCUGAUCGGAAAAGUUUCACCCGAGGCACACAGAAAUGAGAAGGCUAUUGAAAGAGAAGGCGGAGUGAUUACGGAGGUCGUCUGGGAAAAGCCUCUGAAGGGCGAAUACGACCCUAUGGAUGAGAAAGGUGCCAAAGAGUUUGCGGCUGGAUUCAGCAAGGUUAGAAUGGAUUGCGAUUUGAAGCUGUGA